AUGACCUUGAGAAGUGAGGCCAUCGAGUUGAGUUUGUGUAUGACGGUGGUGUCGAUCGGCACAGGUAAACGAAACUGUGAAUUGCCACCUGUUCCGGUAGCCACGGCCCUUGCUUCCAAUAUUGUAGAGAGUAGAAAUGUCGAUAUAAUUGAUGGGAAUCGUCCAUACUCCUUCUGCGAACCGUCGGAAUCAGAUCCCCUCUACGCUAGCGUUGGUUUGCCUGGUGUUUCGGCCACUCCCAGAACUCGAUCUGAAGUUGUAACCUCAACCGCAGUCGCCGUAGCCGCCAAUUCAGUUGUGGUGCCAACAACUAAGAGGGCGGAUUUCUGGAAUGGUGUGGAUAGUGAGGGUUCAGGAGGUUCUUUAGCCCUUCCCUACUACUCGUCAAUUCUCCAUGACCCCAACCGAUCGAGUCCUUUCUAUCAGGAAGCGCCCGCAGUCGCGCCAAGUCAAUCUCCGGCGGUUUACGCCCAAGUUCGGAAUCCCCAAGCCCCCAACCCUGUUCGUAUGCGAUCGAAUAUUGUUUAUGCUGUUCCUGGUUGUCAAGGGAGCAACGGAGUGCUGGGUGGGUAUCGGAGGGCGGUGAGGAGUCAGGGGAAUCAUGAAGUUGCUCCUGGUCCUCCUGUCCCCUCACGAGCCUACCGGCUCUCCGAGGUGGAGCACCUCCUCAACUUCCAUCGACCUGCCACCAAUCAGAGUGCCGAUUGCUGCACUGACAGUAGCAAUAAUAACCACAGCAACGAGCUAUCACGAAGACCUCGCAGUGCAACCAGUUUCAAUGGUUUACACUUGUUUGAGAUGCUUCAAUCCGGAUUGAGACGGCGUCAAAAUAAUCAGCCGCAACAACAAUCGAGGAUUGACAAUUCAUCUGACAAUCGUCGAUCUACAGCUCCUGUUCUUUCAUCCGUUGCCACCAAUACUGGUGUCAUAGAAGCACCAAUUGUGCCCCGCGUCAGUGGUGAUUAUGGGGGUAGCACUUAUGGUAGCGGCAAAAGCGGCCACUAUCGUAACAUCACCGUGCGUGAAUCCAUCGCAAGCCUGCGAGCUCGCAACGCAUUGCCAACUUUCCUGUCGGAUAAUCGGCGGCCUCCUACUGAAGCUCCGCCGGAGGCAGACUACGAGGGGGUCUACUGGUACCCCGGAGAAGGGGAUGCGAGCCAAGAGGCAGCCCCGCGUUCCUCCUAUGACUCUCAUGUCGUCGUGGAGCUGACAACGGAUGUCGGCAGCGAUGCUUAUGUGGAAAUUCCAGAUCGCUCGAGGAAGGAGGAGAUCUACGCUGAACCCUCAGAAAACCCACCAUCAACACAAACACCGCCACCAAUUCGUAACCCCAAUGUCUCUCGUAUCCUCCUCGAAAUGCAGGACUUUCGUUACGUCGACAGCGAAAAUCUGUCCAGUUCUGUGACACCGCCGGAAAUAGCAGAGGAAGGCGAGACGAAGGAAACUGGGCAAGUCAAUGUGAACUGUAGUGAAGUGAUGCAGCCGUCAACUUCUCAUAAAACUUCUACGAAACUACGGAAAGCGGAGGGACGAGCAGUGCCAAUUAAGGCGAAGGUGCGCAAGAGUCAAAACAUGACACCGUUGAUGGAGCGAUCUAUGGAAACGGAGCCCGCACGCUCACCCCCUCAGUCCCCGCCCACCCAGCAUCCGGAGCAGCGUCGCACGUCUCGUCCCCUACCUGACGUUGUAAAUUUGUUUCGCUCGCGCGAUUUGUGCUCGUCUCGUGCGGUUAUGUGGCUUUUUAAAAUACUAGCUUUCUGCUUUCUUCUUUCCCUUUAUGCAUAUGCUCAGCUCGAAUAUGAACUUCUGGAGUUUAUACCAGUGGGUGGCGCUAGUAAUGAAGAAAAUGUCUACCUCACGGACAACAGUCCGGACGUUCUGAUCGACGCCACCUCCAGAAUCACCCGAAGUGUUUAUUUCCUCGGCUCCUCAAGCCUUGUUACACAUGUCGUUCGCUUUUCCUGUGAGGUUUCACGGCGCUCCAGUCCAUUGACCGAAGUUAAACUCUGUUGCAGCCCUCCAGACCAAAAAUUCGCUUGUCACCGUCUUAGUGGUAAACCAAAUACCGGCAAAAUUACUUGCAACAAAAUAUACUUUAACUAUACUUUCGACCGAUAUCGUGGAGCUAAUUUCUCUCUUGAAUUUAGCCCUAUCCGUGAACAAAGUUUUCCCUACAAUGAACACCUUUACUGUGAAGUUCAGGACUCAGAAGCCACUAUUCAGUCCAACAUUAUUGAUCUUCGUGAUGCGAUAUUCUAUGCCACUCAACUUGGUGUCACCAAAUCAAAUACCGUUGAGAAGGUCCAAAUCGCAGAAAUUUCCCCACGGGAUUUCCCUCUCAAAUUCUCUUGUGGUGACUAUGCUGGAAAGAUCCGUCACUGGCCCUCUUGGAUGGCCGCAGUUUGGCAGCAAUAUCUCUCUCCAUUUCAAUGGGCUUAUUGUAAAGUCGGUGAUUUUACAACCCCCGUCGGUUGCGCAAAAGAUCAUGAAAGCUUGGGCUUAGGAGACAGCGUCACAACUAUGGAUGGGACGCUUUUUCUUCUCUCCGACGCAUUAUUGGCCAAAAAUCCAAACAUUGCUUUUGUUUGCCUGAAACGUGGCUCAGCAUCCGAACCCAUACGCGUUUUUGCGGCGGAUUUCCUUCCACAAACGACGCCUAGAAUCACAAAAGGCUUCACUCUGAAUCCUAAUGCUCCUCCGAAACAUAUGGGCGGUUUUGAAGCCAUCUCGCCGCAGGAAGCAAACUACCAAUUUGUUGAAGGAACUCUGCUAUCAGAUUUUAAACUUCUCGCCUUUUAUCGCGUUCCUCAGUCUGCAACAUCCGCUCUAAGAGCUGAAUGGUUUAAAGAUGAUGUAAGAUUGAUUGAUCCAGAGGCGACAGCUACAUCCUUCCGCCUUCCGAACAAAGUUGAACGCAGCUUUGCGGGCAUCUACGAGCUUCGUGUGAUGGAGGGAGGUGCUCAACGUCUGAAAUUUGCCUUUACUGUCUCUGUAGUGGGCCCUCCGACCUUUAAGGACAUCAACUGUAUUGAUGAUUUGUUCUACGCGUUAGAGGGCACCUCAAAGCGAUUCAGUUGCUUCCUAAACGCUAGGGAAGGUGAUGCCGUAGAAUUCCGUGUGGGCAUAAAUGGAUUUGAGGCAGUAAGCGCAGAGCAGUUGAGGAAAGUGCUCAGCUCCUCACUCCAGUUGCAGAAUCAACCAAUCGCGCAAUUGGACAUUGACUUCAGACAAUUUGGUGUACGCAGCCAAUCGGUCAUGGGUGUGGCAGUGGAGGUGAAGGGUCUAACAGCGGGGCAAAAUUUCCGCCUCUCAGUGAAGGCUAUCAAUGCGUACGGACAGGCAUUAGUGGCGGGUACUCUACGAGUUGUGCCCAAACCAGCGUUAGACGUGGCCCCAUCACGUAUGUCCUGUAGCUCGGAUUGUAAUGAAGAGCCCUUCGAUGUUUACUGCAUUCCUGCAGCUGCUAUAGUGAAACAGUGGGCAAACCUCAACAUCGUGAAACACCAAGGAUGGGUUCUGGCACGAACUUUUACCAUGGAUAUGGUUAUGGGUGAUCCAGAUCUGGCCAAGUACUUUGUCUUCGAUUCAGCCAAUCCGUCUACACUUCGAGUCUCACCUUACAGGACCAUCUCCGAGUUGUCAAAAACGUCGGAUUUGCCACUAACCACUUUGACGACAUCAUUGGCCUCCUCCUCAUCAUUAUCACCUAACCUGCAACUUUUAUCCACAUCUUCACCUACGGAGACUCUGCAGGAUGUUCUAUCAGCUCGUCUAUCACGCCCGUUGACAGAUCUCCAACUGGAAUGUCGAUUCCAGUUGUUUGUGAAUAACUCCAGAGCAAAAUUUGUCAAGUAUACGGAAGAAUCCUCCAGUGGAUCUACAGCGCGGAAGAAACGAACGGUGAUGGAUGACCAGAAGAAAAUCUAUGACUCGUACAAUGAGGAGGAGGGAGCGUUGAAGGAUACGUUGACUGUCAGUAGGACGUUCUCAGAAGUUGUAAGACAAAGUGCUACCAAUUUCGCAUGGAUCGCGGCUGUAGUCAUUGCAAUCGUAUUCAUCCUUAUUGUCAUCAUUAUCAGCGUCUGGUUAUGUACUCGCAAUCGUGGUGAGACUUACAAACUCUCCAAGAAGGAGUAUAAGCUGGGCAAUGAUCCUCUUCGGGAACUCAAAGAGAAAGAGACCUUCCAGACUUAUGAGAGACCAGAGGAGCCACCAUCUCUUGCUAGCGGUAUGGAGGAGCCUGAGCUGGAAGUCGGAUCUGACGAAGACGGUGAACUAGAGGCUUAUAACAUGGAUCCUGCUUCAAAGAUGACCGAACUGACGCGACAGAAGUCGGUUGCAUCUAAGACCACGCGGAAUGAGGAAAAGGGAGAUGCGGUCACCAAGAAGGCGCUUAGACGUAGUAAAGAGACUCUGAAAACUGGUUGUACACUUCUUGUCCUUUUUUGA